CACCUGACAUGGCCUUGCCAGAACAAAACAGGACACAAACACUCUCUAUCUUAAGUAUCUAUCUAUCUGGCCUCAAAUGUCUCCCUUUCCCUCUACCAUCUCUCCUCUCGCUGCCCUCUUCACCAGCUCCCUUGGUCUUGGAGGCCGGUGGUCGCCUUCUGUUAUGGCUCUUCCCCUCCCCUCCUGUCUUUGUUUUGGUUUUGCUGCUUGGAGGUGAUCCGCCCACCUGCCCUGUGCGACCGGGGCGACCGGCGGGGCUGACCCAGCGCAACACACAAAGAAAGACACAUUGAAAAUGGCCAUGGAAGCCUCUUCAAACGCGUUAGAAGCUCUUCUCAGACCAGUAUGAUUCCUCUAUCCGUACUCUGAUAUACGCUGGCCAUGAUGUUCAGAGAGUACUAGUAGUACAUGUUUGUUAUAUAUAUAUAUAUAUAUAUAUCACCGCAUCGGGAGUAGCUGGAGAUCUCUCUUCACGAGAUAUAUAUUAUCAUGAUCCUACU